GGCACUGACUGGCAUCACUGCUGGGCACUGACUGGCGGCACUGACUGGCACAACCCCUGGGCACUGACUGGUGGCACUGACUGGCAGCACUGCUGGGCUGCACUGGUGGGUGGCACUGGUGGGCAGCACUGGUGGGUGGGCACAGGUGGGUGGCACAGGUGGGCACAGGUGGGUGGCACAGGUGGGCACAGGUGGGUGGGCACAGGUGGGUGGCACUGGUGGGCACAGGUGGGUGGCACUUCUGGGCACAGGUGGUCGGAACUUGCGGGUGGCACUGCUGGGCACAGGUGGUCGGAACUUGCGGGUGGCACUGCUGGGCACCGAUCAUCAGGGCACUGAUCAUCUGACAACUGCCCGUUCUCGGCAGUACUUUCCUCACGAUCUGACAGCGUGAGGAAAGUGCAGCCGAGAACCGGCACUUGCAU